GACGUAGGCAAUUGCCGAACCACGUAAAUCUUGGUUUCUUCUUUCUGCAUUUAUUUCUUUUACCGUUCGUUUGGUAUUUUCUCUAUUUUUCGUGCAUCUUUGUUGAUAGCACAUGACGGACGGUCCAUCCGCUUCCCAACAGAUUCUUCAUUUCGACAUCAAACCACACAAUAUUCUCCUAGACCAGCAUUUCAAUCCAAAGGUUUCAGAUUUCGGACUUGCAAAGUUGUACCCAAAGGAUUAUAGUCAUGUUUCUGUUAGUGCAGCAAGAGGAACCAUUGGAUAUAUUGCUCCGGAAUUGGUAUCGAGGAACUUUGGGAUUGUAUUUGACAAAUCUGACGUCUAUAGUUUUGGAAUGCUAUUACUAGAGAUGGCAGGAGGCAGAAGGAAUGUGGACCGAUCGAUAGAAAAUACAAGCCAAGUUUACUAUCCUUCUUGGAUCUACGACCGACUUACACAGAACAAUGAGAUCAUUGAAAUAAAUAACAAUAUUGAGAUUCAUGGAGUAGAAAGCAAGCUAUGUAAAGUGGGGUUAUGGUGCAUUCAGAUGAAAUCGUCAAAUCGCCCUUCUAUGGACAAAGUUGUAGAGAUGUUGGAAGGGGAUGAGGAUAACUUGCAAAUGCCGCCAAGGCCCUUUUUUUCAUCCUCGCAGCAGAUCUCCGCAAGGCAGUCUUCUAUGCAAUCCAGUUCAACAGAAUUAUCAACCAUGCAUUUCCGAGCAGGAAGACUAUUCAAAUUUGGAUCGAUAAUACGAGGGAUGUAAAAUUUGUUUGUUCAGUUACUUAAAGCUAAGUUUGCUGUUGUGUGGAGCAACUAAGUUAUAUGCCAAUAAUUUCAGAGCUCAUUUCAUGGCUAGUAACAGAGUUGAGUGGUCUCCAUGCUUGUGUAUGCCAAUUUCUGUCAGAAUAUAUAGAUAAUUCUAUUUUAAA